GGAGCGGAGCGCUGCGGUGCGCAUCUUCAUUCCCGGCUACAGGAGGAAAGGUGCGCACAAUGUCUGUCCCAUCCUCGGAAACGGUUCUUCCACUCGACUCGUAUCUGACUUAAACGACUUUUCUUGCUUUCGCUACUGUAACACGUGUUACAGCAUCGGAUUCUGUGCUUUACGACCCGCAGCUGUGAUAUUAAAUUCGGCGCGCAACAACUGAGGAGAAAAGGUGAAUCUAUCGCUAAUAAAAGGCUUUUAGAUACAUCUAAGACGGAGGACUUAUUCUGCCAACGCAUUAAUUACAAUCUCCGAUGCCAAUGAAGAUUAUGGAUGUACUGACAGGAAAUCUGUAUGGCAUUAUUAAAUAUUAACCGGUGGAGUUUGAAAGCACUUUUCCUCCUUGUGAAGCUCUUUAAGUUCUCCGAUGAUGGACGGCAGACAAUCGUCAAGGACUUUCACACCUGAUUGUGCAGCUUUUGCCAACACAUGAAGGGAAGAAACAUGUUUUGUCUGAUGAAAUUUCGCAGCUUAUCAGACAGCAGCAGGGCUAUGGGGAUCAGACAUGGGUCAAAAAUCCAACAUCACUCCAAACCCAUCUCUAAAAUAUCCUUCUUUUUUAUUUUGCUCCUGCUCAUUUUCACACCAAGAGUGGAUUCAUCGUGGUGGUACAUCGGAGCGCUGGGUGCUCGGGUGAUCUGUGAUAACAUUCCCGGCCUGGUGAAUAAGCAGCGGCAGCUGUGCCAGCGGCACCCGGACCUGAUGCAGUCCAUCGGUGAGGGAGCCAAAGAGUGGAUCAAAGAGUGCCAGCACCAGUUCAGACACCACCGCUGGAACUGCAGCACGCUGGACCGGGACCACACUGUGUUUGGCAGGGUGAUGCUGCGAAGCAGCCGUGAGGCAGCGUUCGUGUACGCCAUCUCGUCAGCAGGAGUGGUCUACGCCAUUACCACGGCCUGCAGUCAGGGGGAGCUAAAGAUCUGCAACUGCGACGGCCAUAAGCGAGGGCAAGCUAGCGACGACAAGGGCAAUUUUGACUGGGGUGGAUGCAGUGAUAACAUCAACUAUGGCAUAAAAUUUGCCAAGGCCUUCGUAGAUGCUCGAGAGAGGAUGGUGAAAGACGCUCGCGCACUGAUGAACCUGCACAACAACCGGUGCGGUCGGAUGGCAGUAAAGCGCUUUAUGAAGCUGGAGUGCAAGUGUCAUGGGGUCAGUGGCUCCUGUUCUCUGAGGACCUGCUGGCUGGCGAUGUCAGACUUCAGGCGAACUGGAGACUACCUUCGCAAGAAGUACAACACAGCCAUCGAGGUGACCAUGAACCAAGACGGGACGGGCUUUAUGGUGGCUGACAAGGACUUCCAGGGAAGCACCAAGAAUGAGUUAGUGUAUGUCGAGAACUCACCAGAUUACUGUCUCACAGACCGCUCAGCAGGCUCCUUGGGCACAGCAGGCAGAGUGUGCAACAAGUCCUCCAGAGGCACGGACGGCUGUGAGGUCAUGUGCUGUGGGCGGGGCUACGACACCAUGCGUGUCAAACGUGUCACCAAGUGCGAGUGCAAGUUCAAGUGGUGCUGCGCUGUGGAGUGCAAAGACUGCGAGGACUUGGUGGAUGUUCACACCUGCAAGCCUCACAAGCGACCCGAUUGGCUGGACAUAACCUAACACGGAGACCUGACCAAUCACAAGUCACCACUGACUCAAUAACCUGCGUGCUAAUGACUGCAUUUUGUUAUGGGAUAUAUAAAUGGGAUCUCUUAACUGUAAUACCUCUGGCUUAUUUUUGAUCCUUUGACACUUCUGGAAGCAGAGACUUCACAGAUCUUGAUGCUAAACUGGAAAUUAGGCCCAGUUACUGAUCGUGCUGCUUUAAUAAGUGUUUCUGAGAACAAUUUGUUGAGCUUUUUUAAGACAAACUUUGAAUCUUUGAUACAAAAUGGCUGAAUAUUGUUUUAUUCUGUUGUAAAUACACCCUUCAGUGUUUCCCCUAGGUUGACUGCUUUAGUCUGGUGGCUGGGUUGGUGGGAGGGGGUGCUACCACCACACCAAAUUCUGUUCUCAAUUUAAUACUUUAAAGUUUCUUUAAAUAUUUAUUACUAGUUUUAGUUGAGUGUAGUUUUUGUUUAGUAACUUUUCGAAAUUCACAUUAACCAUUCUUCACAUCGGCAUGAAUUAGAUCCACCGCACAGCACUUAUUUAAAAAGAAAAUAUGUCACUUUUAAAGCUGGUUCGCCUGUUACUCCUGUUAUUUCCUUACAAGCAAUGUAGCAUUUAAAAGGCUAUUUUUUAAACAGAGACUGGCGCAGUGCUCACUCCCCUCCAGCAAACUUCACAGAGAACAAUGAGGGCAAAACAGCAUCCCUGAUCUGUUUUAACUGAAUAUUCUCUGGUUCAGCUCAGCUAAAAACACAAAAACACUGAAUCCGUCAGCACGUUAGCGUGUCACCGGUAGGCUACCGACAACGUUUCAACUGACUUUAGCACUGG